AGUAUUUUCUAAAAACUCAAAGCAAGCUAAACGUUAGUUAAAUUAAUAAAAAAAAAACAAACAAUUUUCUAAUAUGGGUACCUCUUCCGUGCAACAAUGGAUGACAAAUGAAAUAGAACGUUUAUCCUCAAAAUGGCAACGUUAUAAACCCACUGGUUCAGGCUACAAUCGUAUACAAUCUGUACGUCUUUCAAAAAGUGUAACGCAUAUGCUAAAUAAUCCUUUGCCACCAGAAGAUCGUUUGGGUAAACCACCAACAAGAAGAUUAUCACAAGGUUCAAAAGGUGUUUUAAGCUGUUCCCCAAGCGAAUGGGAAGAAGUUUAUCCCAAUGUAAAUGUUAAUCGUCCUGGUUUAACACAAGAUGUAGAAAUGUCACAACCCCAAACAUUUACCUACUAUCGAAAUUGUGCUACUAGGGUUACGUAAAAAAUUGAUUUUAAAUCUAUUAGAUAUUAUCGAUUUUGUUUGUUAUGAAUGCAUUUUUUUGUGGCAUUGAAAUAAUUUGAAAUAUAUUCAUAAGUGUUAGUUGUAGUUGUAAUUUAUUAAUUUAAUUUUUUUAAUAGAUAUUAGUUUUAAAAAAAGUACUUUUUGUAAUAUGUUUAUAAUUGAAAUAAUCCAGUUCUUGUAACCUUAUAAAUAUAUUACUGAGAUUCAAUUAAAAGCAUUGUGAAAAUAAAAUGCAGAAACUAUA